AUGAGGACACUGACACCUCUGGCCUCCUCGAGGGGCGGGGCUGUGCGUCACAGAGCAGCCCGAGCUUUCAGGUGUGCCCAAGCCCCAGAGAAUCCAGAGGCCAGUCGGAACCUUAAGGCCUGCCUGAGCUGCCCCGAGCUCCUGCAGCGGGCCCUCUCCCGGCAUUUUUUGGCUCCUUUCCGGAAAUCUUGGGAGCCGGCCGGGUGGGAAGUCGAAGUGGAGGGUCCAGGGGAAGCUGGAGCCAGGAUCUCGGCCUCGGGCUCUGAUGUCGAGGCCGGGAUCCAGGCCUCGGCAUCAGCCGACGCCAAAUCCAAAGGUCUAGUUGAAGACUCAGGCGGACCACCUUUGACCGAUCAAUCAGCAGUGGCGGCGGCGGCAGCGGCGGCGGCGGCGGCGGCGGCGGCGGCGGCGGCCUCGGCCAGGCCCACCGUGGUGACCCAUUACCAUCAGACGCGUACCAAGCCAAUAGUCAUAUGCCUGAAAGCCCUGAUCUUUACUCACACAUUCUUCUUUUGGGUCCUAGGCAUGUUGAUACUUCUUAUCGGCCUCUGGACGAAGGACUACAUUCAAGACUUCUUUUCCCCAUUCGUGGAAAGGUCCUCUAGACUCGCAUACGUGACUUUGAUCAUCCCUGGAGGUAUCUUUGUGGCAUUGACCUUCUACAGCUGCUUUGCCACCUCCCGCACUUCAUCUUGCUUGCUCAAGUUGUAUGCCUUAUUUCUGAUUAUCCUCAUUGCGGUGGAGCUGGUGCUUUUUUCUGUGGUCGUUGGUCGCAAGAAGGAGAUAAUGGAGUCCAUGAGGGAAACUUUGCAAAGAACUGUGAAGAAGUAUCAACCCAGAGACCAGACCAGAAGUCGUGCCUUGGACGGAUUCCAGAGAAGGUUCAAAUGCUGUGGUGCUGAUGGCGUUGCAGACUAUGAUACAACCCAGUACUUUCAGGAAGCGAGUUUUUUCUACCCCGAAAGCUGCUGUGUGGUUAUUGGCUGCUAUUUUAAUGAAAGGAAGGAUAAAGGACAUCAACAUAAAGAGGGCUGUUUUGCAGUAUUUGAAAAUCUCAUAAAAUCUCUGGUGGCCAAGAUGUCAAAUUUUUGCUUAGGCCUUUGUUGUUUCCAGGCGGUGGGUAUACUUCUGGCCGGCUUCCUGUCCUUUGCCAUCCCGAGUGCCCAGUAUGAGAUCGUGUAAGCUGGACAAUGACAAUUCAACACCUCAGACCCAGCUUUAGGAUGUUACUCUCGGCUCUUUUCCUUUGGAAUGACCUUCACAGCCUUCAAUGUGCAAACCGCUGAAAAGUUAUCUGAAUCAACUAAGGUGAUGAAGAUCUGGCAGUUCUUCUGAGUCCUCCACCACUCACCUUCCCCAAUGGGGCUCUUGGAGGCUAGGGGAAUCAUUAAAAAUCAUCCUGAACUAACA